CGAGGCCCACACCAACGCGGAGGCUGUGCCCGUUCUCAGGUUCGUGCAGCGGAUGUUAGACGGCGACUUGCCCCCACUGGUGACGAGACUCCUGGCCGCCGCCCGCCUGUUCGCCUUGGAGAAGCCGGGGGGCGGUGUGCGACCCAUUGCCAUUGGCGACGUGCUUCGUCGGUGGGUGACUCGGGCGUUGUGCAUGCAACACAAGCUGGACUUCGAGGAGGAGUUCCGGCCCCCUCAGUUUGCUGUCGGCACGUCAGCUGGCGGCGAGAAGCUCUUCCGAGCGGCGCAGACCUACAUCCAGACGCAAGACGCCGUCGGCCAAGAUGCGGACGGGCGGCCCAUCACUCGCACCCUCCUGUCCCUCGACUGCCGCAACGCCUUCAACGAAAUCGGCCGCCAGCAUAUCAUCGACGAGCUCGCCGUCAAGCAUCUUGCCAUGGUCGCAUUCUUCUGGCAGUUCUACGGCAUAGCUGCGCUAUUGUGGUACACGAUGGAGGACGGGCGCGUCGAGACCAUCCACAGUCGUCAAGGCGUACAGCAGGGUGAUGCGGCAGGCCCCUUCCUUUUCUGCCUCGCCUUUCAGCCGGCCCUCCGUCGCCUGCAAGAGCAGUUCCCCGCUGCGCUUGUCGGGGGCUUCAUGGAUGAUGGGCUGAGGGGGAUGGACGAACGGGACGUCCCCUCCUUUCUGACGGCCGCCGACGCCGAAUUCCGCGCGAUCAACCUGGUGCUGCGACUGGAUAAGUGCCAUGCGUGGUCUCCGCAUUGGCGCUCGGCCGCUGACCUUCCGACUGCCACCAUAAGUCGAGGUGUGCGCGCGUCCACCGAAGGGAUCAUCCUCUUGUCCGCCCCGAUUGGCACCCCGGCUUUCAUCGAGCGCACUGUGAAUAAGGUCGUCGCCAAGCAUCAGCGCCUCCUCGACGCCGUCGUGGCCUUUGCUGUCGAUAUAUUGGGAGCACGCAGUGCAGGGAGCGAACCUGCUCCUUCGCUACUGUGGGUCCCCUCGCUUUCUCUACUGGUGCCGCCUUCUUGCCCCCUCCUCGUCGCUCUUAGCGGCCGCCCGUGUACAUGA